UGGCAGCACUCGUUGCACGCAAAAACAGCGCUCCACACAUGCGAAUAUUAAGCAUAAUGUUUAAAAAUAAAAAUAUAACGUAACGGCCGCGCGUUUCAAAAUUGAAUUUAUGUUAAAAUAAAGCCAUAGUAUAGAAGGAAGCAUAUACAUAUCCAAUCGACAUCGAUUCUUAUUGUGUGCAAGUUCAACGAAGCGUACGCUGUUGUUGUUGUUGUUGUCGGUGACGCUGCCGCCACACAAAUACAAACACAGACACAGAAAUUAUCAUCAACAUCAAAUUUGUAUAUUAAACAUUUUUGCUCGCUCGGUCAGCGGAACUUGGCCCAUUUUAUACAAUUUUUUUUCUUCGGUUCUUGGAUCGUCAGUAUUGGGAACUAUAUCAGUCCGCUUUGCACAUUUCGCCGUGGCGCUCGUGAGGAAAUUCAACAACGAAAAGAGCAAAGAUUGCUCGCAAUGAUAUUGAGAUACUUUCCUUAGCCCGAUGCUGGCAGAACGACAGUCGGCCCAGUUAGUUUAUCAGUUAAAACGAUAUGCGUUAUAUUAAACCGGAGCCGUACUAUGAGGGGCUUCCACCAUUCAAUGUCACGGGCAGUCCGUUCAAUGUCGUUCCUAUACACAAUUUUCCGGAGCUAAUGAAGGAGACCUGCGCGCUCAUCAACUCGGAAUGGCCGCGCUCUGAAACGGCACGCAUGCGCUCCUUGGAAGCCUCGUGUGAUUCUCUGCCCUGCAGUCUUGUGCUCACCACCGAGGGAAUGUGUCGUGUGAUUGCGCACUUGAAGCUGAGCCCAAUCACCUCAAAGAAGAAGGCAUGCUUUGUGGAGUCCGUUGUCGUCGAUAAAGCGUAUCGUGGUCAAGGAUUUGGCAAGCUUAUCAUGAAGUUUGCCGAGGACUAUUGUCGGGUUGUGCUGGAUUUGAAUACGUUGUAUUUGUCGACCAUCGAUCAGGAUGGUUUCUAUGAGCGCAUUGGCUAUGAGUACUGUGCACCCAUUUCCAUGUAUGGACCGCGUCACUGUGAGCUGCCCAGUUUACAGAAUAUUAAUAAGAAAUACAUGAAGAAGGUCUUAUAGGCGUCAGCACCCGUAGUAGUUGUAGUGUUGGCUUGAAGGCUUCAGUUCAACUGUUAAAACUAGUCAAAGAAAACAAA